CAAAAUCUGGUGCAGCUGUGCAUGGUUGCCAAUCAGCUUCUAACUUCAGCUUGUUCAAUUAAAGUGUUCCUAAACCCAGAACCCUGCAUUCACUAUAUCUGGUCUCCCACAGACCCUGCAUUCACUAUAUGUGGUCUCUCACAGUACACAGAACAUAGAAAUGCAAUUAUUUUAGUAAAUAUAAACUGCUAAAUAUUUUUCUCAUCAGAAGUUAGAGCAGUCUUGUGACUUCUAUCAGUAUCCAGCAGAGCACGGAUUAAAGCUUGUAGGAGGAGUUUUAAUUCUCCCCU